AUGACUAUUCUAACUACAGGCUGGUUCAGCUGUGGCCGGCUCCAGCUGGUCCGGAGCAAGACAGCCCUCCUGCUCUGCUUCUUCUCUGGCAUGGCCCUGGUCUAUCUCUUCUACUUCUACGACAACUACACUCCCGUUCCACCGCCGGCUCUUCAAGAAGCUGUCAGGAUACCCCAGGCUGUGGUCCUCCCUAAGACCAAAUGGGACAGAGUAGGCUGGGUCAAGCAGCUGGAGCCAGAGUGGACCCCCUUCGUCUACUCUGUGGAUGGUGAUGAAAGAUAUACCCUGCGCACACCCAAGAAUGUAGGCCGUGAAGCCAUGGUGUACCUCUCCUUCAUCAUAGACUACUACCACUCCCUGCCAGAGGUGAUGGCAUUCACCCACAGUGCCAACAAGCAAUGGCACAAUGACUUCAAGGGCCGCAAGACAGUCAAGAUCAUCUCAGCCCUGCAGAUCCAGGCAGUCAAGCGGAAAGGAUACGCCAACCUGCGCUGUCUCUGGGAACCGGGCUGUCCGACCUCACUCAACCCGCUCAGCCCGACUGAGAUAGAUAUACGCGAGCAGAAUGAACGCGCCCACCUGCCGGAAAUAUACAUGGAGCUGUUCAACGUCAGCCGGAGCGAGGUGCCCGAGCAUAUUGGUGGAGUGUGCUGUGCUCAGUUUGCGGUGACGAGGGAGAGAGUGCAGAAGCGGCCGCGGGAGGAUUAUGUGAGGAUGCGAGAGUGGGCUUUGGACGCCCGGUAUACAAGUUUCGGAGUUGGAUGGGUAUUUGAGCAGAUCUGGCAUAUCAUCUUCAUGGAGGAGGCCAUCCAGUGA